AUGUCUGAGCAAGUCUUUGCGUCGAAUGAGAAGAGCGAACAGGCUCUAUACGAGUCAAAUUCGGUGCCUGGCGAGGGUAGCGACCAGGCCUCCGAUGGCUUUACCUGGACCGAUGAAGAGGAAAAGGCAGUCCGAUUAAAGUUGGACAAGUACAUUAUACCUUUGACGACCUUCCUCUAUCUGCUAUGUUUCCUCGACCGUGCCAAUGUUGGCAAUGCUCGUAUCCAGGGUAUGGCUGAUGAGCUCAAGCUUGUGGGAUACCGCUUCAACUGGGUCACCUCCAUCUUUUACAUUGUCUACAUGUUUGUUGAAGUACCAAGCAAUAUCCUGCUCAAGAUUAUUGGGCCGAAGUAUUAUCUACCGCUACUUGUCGUUGGCUUCGGUUUUGUGUCGCUUUGCUCCGCCUUCGUAACAAGCUACGGCGGGCUUUUGACGGCUCGAGCAUUCUUGGGCGUCUUCGAAGGAGGCGUCAUGCCGGGAAUCGCUUUCUUCAUCACUUGCUUCUAUAAGCGAGAGGAGCUUUUGCUCCGUGUAGGUAUUUACGUUUCCGCUGCAUCUCUCGCAGGUGCUUUUGGAGGCCUGUUGGCGACCGGUCUCGCACGCAUUCCGGAAUGGGGCGUGGCAAGCAUGCGAAUCCACACCUGGCGCAAUAUUUUCUUCUUCGAAGGCCUCUUCACGGUGCUUGUUGGCCUGGGAGCACCUUUCCUCAUGCCCACUCAUCCUGCGGAUACCUGGUUCCUCAACGAACGCGAACGCAGAAUUGCGGCCGAGAGGCUGAUCAUGAAGAAUGCGGGGUUGGAGAACGAAAAGGUUGAGUUACACCACAUCAGCAGGUCUUUCUUCAACAUCAACAACUACAUCUGUGCCUUGGGUUUCUUUGCCAUCAAUAUCACUGUACAAGGCAUUUCGCUAUUCAUGCCCACUAUUCUCAGGGAUCUCGGCUGGACUGCUACCAAGGCCCAGCUUUACUCCGUCCCUCCCUACGUAUGCGCUUGCUUGGUAGCCAUCGCUGUCGCCUUCGUUUCCGACAAGACGAAUCGUCGUGGUAUUUAUCUCGCUUGCUUCACAUUCCUCGCUAUCACCGGCUUUGCCAUCAUGAGGUGGGCAACCAACCCCAACAUUCGAUAUAUGGGCGUCUUCUUUAUUACUCUUGGCGCUUUCCCCGGAGGCCCAGGGUUUUUAUCUUGGGCUAUGAACAACGCAAGUGGGCCAGCUGUUCGGGCUGUUUCCAGCGCUUAUGUCGUCACUUUGGGCACAGCUGGAGGAAUUGUAGCCACCUGGACAUACACGUUGAAAGAUGCACCCAAAUACCCGACGGGACACACUAUCAACCUCGCUGGACAAAUAUUCGUCUGUCUACUUGCUACAGGAGGCAUCCUAUACUGCAAGUGGGAGAACAAGCAGCGCGACCUCGGCAGGCGUGAUCAUCGCCUCAAUGGCUUGAAUGAGGCACAGAUCAAGGACUUGGGUUACAGGCACCCUCUUUUCCGCUACAUCACUUAG